AUCCUGCAUCGCCCAUAGAGCCCGUUCGUCGCCCGCCGCCCUCUCGACAGCGACAGCGCAUGCUGACCUCUGCCCGGCCACCCUCUACCUGGCCACGUCUCCAGCGCAUGCCCGCCGCCCGCCGCCCGCACAUGCUCGCUCUGCCCUCGCCGCCAUGCGCGCCCACUCGCUCGCCUUGCUAGGCCUGCUACUACCACUCGCCGCCGCCGCCCCGCACGACCACCGCGACGCGCCCGCCUCCCGGCCCAGCCGCACGCCGCCGUCCUGGCGCCGCCUGUCCGACGCCAUCAUCCGCCGCAUAUGGAGCCUGCCGCGCCCGGAGAGUGCUGAGCACAAUGGCCGCAUCCUGCCCGCCGCCACCGAGCCGUUCGUGGCCCGCUAUGGCGAGGACGUCGUGCUGCGCUUCACCAUCAGCUCUGCCGCCGACGCACACGCGCUGGCCGACGCGGCCGACGUCCUGUUCCUCGACGUGUGGGAGUUCAAUGAGGACUGGGCCGAUAUCCGCGUCGCAAAGGACGUGGUCCCCUCGCUGCUCGGCCUCCUGCCGCACUCGCUCAGGCACGCCCACCAGCCGCUGAUGCAGGACCUCGACCUCGCCCAGGCCGUCUUCGACUCGUACCCCACCACCUCGGCCACACAGUCGCACCAGGACGACGCCUUCGCCCCCUCCCUCCGCGCGCCCCGCAGCAAGGGCCACCCGUUCCUGCAGGACUACCAGCCGCUGUCCGUCAUCGACCCGUGGAUGAAGCUGAUGGCCUCCAUGUUCACCACCCACGUGCGCCGCAUCACCGUCGGCACCACCUCCGAGGGCCGCGACAUCCCCGCCCUGCGCGUCGGCGUCCACCCCACCAACAACGACGCCCCCGCCCCGCGCAAGACGGUGCUCAUCACCGCCGGCUCGCACGCCCGCGAGUGGAUCUCCACCAGCACCGUCAACUACGUCGCCUGGAACCUCAUCAACGCCUACGGCAAGGACCGCGAGAUCACCCGCCUGCUCGAGGAGUUCGACUUUGUCCUCGUCCCCACCCUCAACCCGGACGGCUACGUCUACUCGUGGGAGUCGGACCGCCUGUGGCGCAAGAACCGCCAGGAAACCCCGCUGCGCUUCUGCAACGGCAUCGACCUCGACCGCAGCUACGGCUUCCAGUGGGACGGCGACGCCCUGCGCACCAACCCCUGCAGCGAGUCGUACGCCGGCAGCGCCCCCUUUGCCGCCGCCGAGUCCGCCUCCUUCGCCGCCUGGGCCCGCAACGAAUCCGCCCUCAACACCCACUUUGUCGGCUUCCUCGACCUGCAUUCGUACUCCCAGCAGAUCCUGUACCCCUACUCGUACUCCUGCGCCGACGACCCGCCCGCCCUCGAAGACCUCGAGGAGCUCGCCAUGGGCCUGGCCAAGGCCAUCCGCAUCAGCCGCAAGGGCCACGCCUACAAGGUCGCCUCGGCGUGUGAGGGCAACGUGCUGCUCAGCGGGAAACGCGACCGCAAGGUGCUGCCGCGCAUCGAGGCCAGCGGCGGCUCUGCCCUAGACUGGUUCCAUCAUGAGUUGAAAGUCAAGUAUGCGUUCCAGGUGAAGCUGCGCGAUACGGGCAGCUAUGGGUUCUUGCUCCCCAAGGAGAAUAUCGCACCGACGGGUGAGGAGAUGCUGGAUGCGGUGCUGUAUUUUGGGCGCUUUAUGCUGGGCGAGGUGGGGGUGGCGGAGGCGAAGACAGACGGUAAGGAUGUGAAGACGGACACUAAAGAUGCGAAAGAGGUGAAGGACGUGCAAAUUGAAGACGACUGGGUGCUUGUAGACAACGCCCCCAAGACCGCGGUCGAGGACGAGGUGUUGGAGUUGUAAGUUCCGUGUACCACCAGAUUGCCAGCGUCAGGCUCCGCUAUACCCCCGUUUGUUCCGUUGUCGCGAUAUCCAUAGUGUUGUAAUAUGUGUACUGCAUGCAAGUAAUGUCUUGGCUGCUUGUAUGAUUGUGGUGUGGACGUCUUAUUGUUGCUGAUGAGCGGCAUAUCUAUGUCUAUGGCCGAGGGACUGUUGGAAGGCAU